AUGCCUAGACAAGAUCAUUUCUCAACCCGAUCAAUCCACGUUGGAUCAGAACCUGAUCCUUCAACCGGUGCUGUAGUACCUAGUUUGAGCGUAGCUACUACCUUCAAGCAAGACGGUGUCAACAAGUUAAGAGGAUACGAUUAUUCAAGAUCAGGUAAUCCAACUCGAUCAGCAUUGGAAUCCCUUCUUACAUCACUCGAAACUUCACCUUUAGCCAGUAUAUCAGAAGACGCGAGAAGAGAUGUCUCACAAGGUGAUAGUCUUGUGUUCGCUUCUGGAUCAGCUGCGACUGCUGCUAUAGCUCACUGGGUCACCCUGUCGGAGGAUGAAGGUGGUGCAGGUGGAAAAGAUGGUAAAGGUUAUGGCGGGCACAUUUUAGCUGUUAACGAUGUUUACGGUGGUACAGCUAGAUAUCUCGCUCGAACCAGUCGACCUACUGGAUUAGAGGUGACCUUCCUGAAUAUGGAGAAAGCGGGUGAAAAAGGAAUUAGAGAAGCUAUGAGGUCUGAUACACGAUUGAUCUGGCUUGAAGUACCAACAAAUCCACUUUUACUCGUACCUCCCCUUCGACUAAUUUCCGAUAUUGUCCAUUCUCUCCCGUCAAAGACACGACCACUUAUUCUCAUAGAUUCGACUUUCUUAUCCCCAUUCUACUUCACACCAUUAAUCUCAGCAUCAGCCGAUACGCAUCCAUUAGCUGAUAUAACCAUGUCUUCGUUAUCGAAAUAUUCAUCAGGUCAUUCGGAUAUAAUCUUAGGUUCAUUAACUGUUUCUCCCACAAUUGCCUCAUCAAGACCCAAUUUGCUCAAGGGAUUGAGGUUCCUUCAAAACUCAAUGGGUGCAUCACCAUCUCCUAGAGAUUGUCAUUUGAUGAUUAGAAGUAUCAAGACAUUAUCAGUCAGAAUGGUGAAACAUGGUUUAAACGCUUUGCGUAUCUCAGCAUUCUUAGCUGCCAAUCCUCUGGUGGAGAGAGUUAGAUAUCCAGGUUUAACGUCUGAUGGAGCAUUUCAUCAAGUACAAGAUCUCCUGUCACCCAAUGCUAGAAGAGAAUUAGAGUUUCUAGGUUGGAAAUUCCCUUAUAAUCCUAAGGAGUCAAGUAAGGAAAAUAUCGAUACGAAUAGUCUGGAAUACACGAGAUCACUGGGAAUCCCUUUCGGCGGAAUGAUCACUUUUGCAAUCAAAGAUGCUACGGCCCAAGAAGCUGAAAAAUUUUGUACAGAAUUGAGAAUCGCUAUUCUGGCUGAAAGCUUAGGUGGUGUAGAAAGUUUAGUUGAAGUCCCUUACGGUAUGACCCAUUCUCAUCUUCCCCAAGAAACACUCAAAGAGUUAAACAUCACACCUAAUUUGAUCAGACUUAGUGUGGGGAUUGAAGAUUAUGAUGACCUCGCUGAGGAUCUUGAGAGAGCUUUGAACGCAGCCAAGGGAAAGUCGAACGGCAUCGCAUAG